UGAUCCUGAAAGAAUAAGUCAGAUCAUUGAGAGAGCAGUGGAGGAUGGCAAGUGGAUUGUGGAAAAGUACUCCAAAAUGAAAAAGUAGUCAGAAGAGUUAUUAUUAAGCUGGUAUUAAAGGAAGAACCAUUAUCAAGCAGAGCAUAAUGGACAAGAUAGUACACAGUUUACCAGUUGAAGCCAACUCCAACCAGUUUUGGGGAGCAGCACGUAUUUACACUGAGAAACCACACAUUGUGAAUCGUAGACUUUGUGGCAUUGCGAAUUUAUGGAUUGGUGUGUGCCAGGAUGAAUAUUGCCGCAGUUCUCUCAUUACACAUAUGAGCAAUGUCAUGAAGGUUAGGCAGGGAGCCCAUAUCAAUUCUUGUGAUAUUGAAGAAAAACAAGUAGAUAACUCAGAAUCUGCAGACUGUGAAGAGCAAGUACAAACAUUGAUAAAGAUUUUAGUACAGGAAGGAUUUACAUCAACUUUAGAUAAUUUAGCAGAAAGUGAGGAAGAAAUAAGUGGUGCUGGAGAGGACAAAGGCAAGGAACUCCUAUCAAAUGCUUCAGAAGCUUCUGUAGGAAAUAAAAGCAUUCCUUGGCACAAGCUUGCUGAAGUGAAGGACCUGAAGAUGGCCAUAAUACGGAAAGUUCUUCCAAGACAACUCAAGAGAUAUUCUCCUCUUCUUGAAGUUGUAGUUAUAGAUGGCAGGAUGCUCCAGGUUAGUUUCUUCCCAGAGAAAACAGGAAGCACACAGAGCAUUAGCCCCAGGAUUCACUAUUCCUUCAGAUUUGCAAACCGUGACAUCUCAUUAACAGCUAUAAUAGGUACUGAAGAGGAGAUCAAGGAUAAUGACCCAAACAUCACAUGGCUGAAACAAAAUGUCCUUCCAAAACUAGUGAGAUGGGCUUCUGAGAUUGAGGAAGAUGGAAAUGUGGAAGACAGAGGAUCCCUUAAGCUUGUAGACGUACAAGAAUAUAAUAGUUUAUAUCAGAAACUCAAGAUAAAAUAUGGGCAACCGCUUGUUGAGAUGUGGCCAGAAGUGACAGACCCAACAAAGUUUGUAUUUGAAGACGUUGCUAUAGCCACAUACUUGAUUCUCCUUUGGCAACAAGAACGAGAAAAAAAGGGACACACAGAAUAUCAGACAUUUGCUGAUCUUGGUUGUGGGAAUGGACUACUUGUUUACAUUUUAACAAGGGAAGGUUAUAAAGGCAUUGGGAUAGACCUCAAGAAACGGAAUAUAUGGGAUAUGUUUCCUGAGGAUGUAAACUUGAAGGAAGGAGUUGUCGAGCCAUCCGAUAAAAAUUUGUUCCCAGAAUUUGAUUGGCUCAUUGGCAACCACUCGGAUGAACUAACCCCAUGGCUACCUGUCAUUGCUGCCAAGUCAAAAUUUACAACCUGCUUCUUUGUUAUUCCUUGUUGUGCUCAUGAUUUUGAUUGUAAAUAUAGAAGGAAAACAGCUAGCAAGAGCCAGUACUCAGAAUAUUUGGAUUAUGUAAAGGAAGUAGGGGCUAUAUGUGGCUUUGAGAUGUGGCAAGACAAGUUGAGAAUUCCAUCGACAAAGAGAAUAUGUCUUAUUGGUCAAGAGAGAACAUAUGUAGAAAGUGAGAUGCCUAGCAUUUUUAAGGCAAUAGAGGAAUUUAUCAGAAUUAGAAAUGAAGCUAAUGCUAAUAAUGUAGUAAAUCAGGCUUCAAAUGGAAGGCAUGAAACUAUCGCACAAAAGCAUCCAAGGGAAAAUUUGGAUUGUGAACUUUGGUCAAACAAUUUCAAGGCAAGAGAAGCUGUCCAGCCUGUGCGUAACUGCACAAAACUGGACCAAACAGUGAAAGAAGAUCUCAUAUCAACAGUAGUUGGAAUACUCAUGGAAAAGAAACAUUUAGUUGAGGUCCCUUCAACAGAAAACAGCAUAUUGAAAUGGGAUAGAGGAGGCAGCAUUGUCUUAGGUGAUUUAGCAAAAAGAAUGUCUCCCACACAGUUAUCGGCAUUGAAAAAUGAGUGUGGAGGUCUACAAACUUUCUUGAGGAAUCAUAAGCAUAUAUUUUCCACUUCAAAGGGAGAAGUUAGUUUGCAGGUUCCUUCACCAGCAUUAAUGGGAAGAGUACCAAAGAAUCGAGUGAAAACUAAACAAUGCUGGUUUCACAGUAAUCAUGCUCAGGGUUGCCCCUUACCAUCAAUACUGUGUGUUUAUGCUCAUGGUCAGGAUGAUCUACAGAACAACUGAGCUCCUUAAUCUUCUCUUAUUGCCAUGAACUGUUAGCAUGAACAUCUCAGUAUCAUGAUUAGGUACAUUGUAUAUAUUCUAGCAUGUGACUGGUAAUUUGAUGGAAAAAUGUUUUUCACUUUUGUUAUUAAAUGAAAGCCUGUAAUAUGUGAAAACUAUUUCACAGUUUUCUAUACCUCGUAGACAUGUAUAUAAAUACUGUUUUUAAAUAUAAAUAAAAUCAG